CAAUCCGCUGGCUCAUGUCAGGGUGUCUUUUUCUCUCCAGCUGAUUCACGGGAAAUAACACCAUUCCUUUGCUUAGCAUUGGGCGGAAUCCUCCGGAGAGAGUGUGGCGUUUGCUGAAAUCACAUAGGCGUGGUUUUGGAUGGAGAUGUGAUGCUCCGUCUGCUCCCGCUGGGAUCCCCACCUGCCCUCACACACACCGUGUUUGUCACCGAGCCAGCUGCUAUUUUUCCCCGAGCUUUGGGCACUACAGCGUGGAUUUGUAUUAGAUUGUGAUUUUUUUUGUGUUACGGUGGGUGUUGUUUUUUUGGUUUGGGGGUGUAGUGUAAUUACAGCGCUGUGGACGUACGGAGCGCCCGGUUUAAUCACCUCCAGAGAGAGAGGCGGCGACGCACGGAGACAAACCGGACAGCGCGUUGCUUGGCCUCCGGGAACCACAGCUGAGACCCCGGUUAAUGUGUAGGACUCUUCGACACGCAGGCCGUGUCCGCAGCGGUUCUCAAGGAUGACAAAUACAAGUAAAAUGUCCAAAACAUCGCCCUGGCUCUGCGUACUGGUAUUGGCCACCGUGUUACUUGUAGUGGACAGCAAGAGAGCCAGACCGCCUCGCUGCCCCUCAUCCUGUACAUGCACCAAAGAUAACGCGUUGUGUGAAAGCGCAGGACUGAUCCCUCGCAGCUUCCCCCCCGAUGUCAUAUCACUAUCAUUCGUCAAGUCUGAAUACACCGAAAUCCCGAAGGAGAGCUUCAUCCACACGCCUGCCCUGCAUCUCCUUCUCUUCACAGCCAACAACCUGGAAUCUAUAGACGAGGACGCUUUCCUCGGUCUCCCUCAUCUGGAGUAUCUGUUCAUAGAAAACAACCAGAUCAAGUCGAUUUCACCACAUGCUUUCCGUGGACUGAAAACCCUAGUGCAUCUGAGCCUGGCCUACAAUAAUCUGGAGACUCUGCCCAAAGAUUUGUUCAAUGGUCUUGAGGCCUUGACGAAAGUAGACUUGCGAGGGAACCAGUUCAGCUGUGACUGUAAGCUGAAGUGGUUGGUGGAGUGGAUCUACAGCACCAACGCCACAGUGGAUCAGAUUCACUGUAAAGGCCCGGCCUCACAGCUGGACAAGAAGAUCAACGAUCUGGUGCCGCAAUCCUUCGACUGCAUCACCACAGAGUUUGCAUCCUACCAGUCCCUGAAGUUUGAAUCCAUUUCUGUGGAGGCAUUCUCCUUUGGGAAUGACCAGUAUGUUGUGUUUGCCCAGCCCUUUAUUGGGAAAUGCAGCUUUCUAGAGUGGGACCAUGUGGAGAUGGUCUUCAGAAACUUUGAUGACAUUGACAGCAUAUCCACAGUGAUUUGCAAACCUCUGGUCAUUGACGACCAGCUCUUUGUGAUUGUGGCUCAGCUGUUUGGCGGCUCACACAUCUAUAAGCGUGACACCUCUGCCAACAAAUUCAUCAAGCUCCAAGGCAUCGACAUCCUGAAAAUCCGCAAACCAAAUGAUGUUGAGACCUUCCGCAUUGAUGGAGAAUCCUUCUUCGUCGUCGCAGACAGCUCCAAGGCCGGCUCCACCACUAUCUACAAGUGGAACGGCAACGGAUUCUACUCUCACCAGUCUCUCCACCCGUGGUACCGGGACACAGAUGUGGAGUUCAUGGAGAUCUCCUCCAAACCUCACCUGGUCCUGUCCAGCAGCUCCCAGAGGCCGGUCAUCUACCAGUGGAACAAAGGCACCAAGCUGUUCGACAGGCGGACCGACAUCCCAGAGAUGGAGGACGUCUACGCUGUGAAGCAUUUUCAGGUCAACUCUGAACUCUUCAUCUGUCUGACGCGCUUCAUCGGCGACUCCAAAGUGAUGCGCUGGGACGGGGCCCUCUUCAUAGAGCUGCAGACGGUGCCCUCCCGUGGCUCCAUGGUGUUCCAGCCCUUCUCUGUGGGCAGCUGGCAGUACGCCAUCCUGGGCAGCGACUACUCUUUCACCCAGGUGUACCGCUGGGAUGCCAAGAAGGGCGAGUUUGUCCAUUUCCAGGAGCUGAACAUCCAGGCGCCCAGGGCCUUCUCUCCUGUCUCCAUAGACAACCGGCAGUUCCUGCUGGCCUCCAGUUUCAAAGGGAAAACUCAGAUUUAUGAGCACCUGGUCAUAGAUCUGAGCACCUGAUUGUUUGGACUGGUUGGUUGAGUGGUUUCUGUUUGGGGUGAUGUUUGUUGCCGCAGACAACACUGCAACAAACGUCAGGUGAUCCUAACUUGAGCAAGGCAAGCAUAACCCUUUCCUUUUUUAAAUAUUCCAUCCAAAUCAUGAUACAUGUAAAGAUACAUGCAUCUCAACUCAAUAUAUUUGACUGAGAUGCAUGUUGAGUUCAAUGCAUGCACCUCAAGUUAGGAUUACACCCAAUAUGUUGUCGAGACAUUAAUGCAUGACCGGCCUCACACACGCUGUCCCACCCUGACGAAUGCAUCAACACAUUAAAUAUUGCCAGUAGGUUUUUUUUUCUGUGUUCCGCUUUUCAUGUGACUCAGCGAUGUUUAUACAUUUGUAAUCUCAUAUAUUUAUCUACAGAAAAUAAUGAUAAGGUACUUUUUAUCCUAUUAACAUGUUUAACAAACCUGCCAAAAUGAAAAGUUUACAUUUUUCUGUCUUUCCACUUGUACGCUUAAAGAUUUGUAAAUGAAGCUUUUGUAAGUUUAAGAGGGACCACGCUAGUUAGAUACAUAUUUGUUACUGAAAAUGAUUUUAAAUUAUGUUUAUAAUUUGGAAACCAACAGAAAUGUUGAGUGAGAAUCUACCUGUAAAUCUUUGCAACUUACAUUUUUAUCGUUAAUAGUUUGUAUAAUGUUUAAAGUAAUGAAAUUACAGUUUUUCAGAAGAAGUAUGGAAAACAUUUUGGGCACACAGGAACUAUUUUCCCACACUCAAAAGGAACUGUUCAUAAUGCUUUACCUUUGACUAACAUGUAUGCAAAAACAAACGUUGUGACAUGACUAUAUAUAAGUUAUUGACUAUUAUCUUGCUAUUUAGAGUCAAUAAAGGUUUACAUUAUUAAUUGUGACAUCUCAUCUGAGCUCCCUGCUGGCACUGAGUAGCAUGACAUUGCUUCAGUGUGAUGUGCACAACACGCACUAACACAUCUCCUUCAUCGCUUUGGGAAAAUUGUAAUCUUUGAGUUAGUUGUGUCUGAGAAAUAAAAUAAAAUAAAUA